AUGUACCCAGAAGGCUCGAGGCUGUAUUUGAUCCGAGAAGCCGAGAAGAACUUUGCCAAAAAGGCGGGAAUUCAGCCGUUCAAACACUGUAGUCACCCCAGGACGGGCGCUGCUCAUACCACUUUGGCUGUUUGUGGGCCCAGCUUGAAAGGUAGGUCAAUGAAUUUUUUGGUAUGGGGGGGGGGGCGGACUAACCUCACUGUCAUGUUAUUCUGUUCUAUAUGGUGAUUAAUGAUGAUAUUGUUAUAGAUUCAUCAAAAUCAAACGCCGGCAACCAACCACCGAUGGAAUACGUAGUGGACUGUACACUAGGCUAUCCUCGAGGUGAAGUGGUCGAUCUUGGCAAAGCCAUGCUGAAUGAAUGGCCCAACAACGACACUCAUGUGGCAGUUCACUACUCGAUUCACAAAGUCAAGCCAGAGUGGAACGACGAGGAAAAGCUCAAGGAAUGGCUCUAUCAACGGUAUGAGGAAAAGGUGGGUUAUUGUAGUUUUUUAGACGGUUUAGUUGGUUACUGUAGUUUUUUUUCAGUUUUUAAAAUUUGUUUUUUUUUUGUGUUACUGUAACUUUUGCUAUUUUUUUUACUGUAACAUUUUGAUUGUUUUUGUUGGUUACGGUAACUUUGUGUAAAUUUUUCGUGGGUUACAGCAACUUUUAAAUUAUUUUUUAGGUUACUGUAACAGUUUGGUCAUUUUUGAUUUACUGUAACAUUUAGGGCUUUUUUUGGGUUACUGUAAUUUUUUGUUUGUUUUUCUGGGUUACUGUAUUUUUUUGGUAUUUUUGGGUUACUGUAAUGUUUUUGUUAGUUUUUCUGGCUUACUGUACCUUUUUUGUAUUUUUUGAGUUACAAUUUAUUUGGGUUACUGUAACUUUUUGGAGUAUAUUGGGUUUUUUGGUUGUAACUUCUUAAAAAGUUUUAAGCUUUUGUUACAGUAAGCCAUUCGAAACGUUUUGGCCAAUUUUGAGAGUAUGAAUAUGAUGAAUAUUGUAGGACCGACUGUUGGAACAGUUCUACAAGACGGGCUCGUUUGGCGGCAGGCCGCGUCCAGUCCGUUUCCCGAUCUCACGCUCACUUCAAACCCAGGCCUUUUGGAUGUGCACCUUCUACGUGCAUUGGCAUGUCUGGAUCAGCCCACUGAUUGUGUUUGGCUGGACCAGCAUUACCGCCAUUUUAUUCUAG